AUGCCAGUGGACACGAAGAACACCGAACGAGCCGGGGCUGGCCUAUUUUCUCGGGAAGGAGCUACAACUAAUGUAUAUUACGAAUCCUCUCAAUACGUAAUGAAGACAUGUCAUAACAUCGAGUACUCGAUCCGUGGGCGGAUGGAUGGCCCUUUCGUUGAAGUGACCUUCGAAUAUUGGAUGGAAGCAUACGCCGAGCACUUGACAAUUACUGAUGAUACAUGCUUCAGACAGAUUGAUG